CCAUUGAAACUUAACCUCAGUCUCUCUCUCUCUCUCUCUCUCUCUCUCUCAAAGCUCAGAAGAGAUGGGUUUUGUGUUUUUGUUGGUUCAGCUCUCGCUCCUCCUCUGCUCCACUGUUUACAGUGAAGAUCUUGAUCUUGUAACUGACACUGUCCCACCUAUUCCACACCACGGUGGCUACCACCAUUACCCAACAACGGCACCGACUCCUUCACCCACUCACCACCACCACCACCACCACGCGCCUGCACCCUCCCCUAUGCACCACGCACCGAGCCAUCCACCUGUUCACCCGCCAGCUCAUCACAACCACCACCACCCUCAUCCUCCCAAAAAUGCGCCCGUCCAUCCACCUGCUCACGCGCCGUUGCCACCGUUUCAUUUCCCGAGAAGCUUCGUGGCCGUACAAGGCGUUGUGUAUCGCAAGUCGUGCAAGUUUGUCGGCCAUGAUACACUCUCCGAAGCCACCCCUGUUUACGGUGCCAUUGUGAAGCUGCAGUGCAACAGUAGCAAGUACCCACAGGAGGUCAAGAAGGCAACUGACAAGAACGGUUACUUCUACGUGGAAGCACCGCAUACGGUGACCAACUACGGAGCCCACAAGUGCAAGGUGUCGUUGGUUUCGGCACCACCGGCGGCUAACAUCGCCGAACCAUCUGAUCUACACGGUGGAGUGAAGGGUGCCAAUUUAAGAGCAGAGAAGUCAAUUGUGGUGAACAAACUUCCAUUUGUGCUCUACAAUGUUGGACCACUCGCUUUUGAACCCAAAUGCUCACACGUUGCUCCUGCUCCGGCGCCACAUCACUAGUGAUUUGUGGAUUCCAAGUCUUAAAAUAUAUGUUUAGGAACUUUUAAUUUGCUUCUUUCUAAAAUUAUAUGUGUUGUAAUUUGCAGUUUGUGUUGAUCUCUGUGCGUGCUCUGUUUUGACAUUUGGGUGACAAUAAAAUGAAGGAUAUAAUUAUUAAAUAAAUUUCUGAUCA